AUGACUGAAAAUACUGAUUCAACACCUUCUCAAAAACAGCAACAAUAUCAUCGAUAUCCGCUUCGUGGGCAUGCAACAAAUCUUUAUAGCGACACAGUUGUCGUUGUCGGAGGUGGUAAUAACAGCCCUUCAGCUACCUACUACAAUAACAACAUCAAUACAAAUGUUACAAAUACACUAAACACAAACAAACAAAAAAUUAAUGUAAAAUUUCCUUCAAACACAAAUGUGGCCACAAAAAGUGGUGGAAACCAGCGGGGAGGGCAACAAUCUAGAACGGCAACAUUUCAACAAGGGGCUGUAGCAGAUUUGUUAUCAGCACAAUUGAAGGCGGAUUUGAGGAAAUUGAAGAAUGUCCUAAAAUUACCAAAAGCUCGUCGUUUCGUUUUUUGCGAGUAUUUUUACUCGGGUGUUGAUCAACAAAUAUUUUUGUCAGAAAAUGAAUUUGCCCAAUUAAUGAAAGAAUCUUUUCCAAAUUUAAAAUGCACAAAAAUGAGAAAGCCAGAAUGGAGAGAAGUUAGAAGACUUGUUGGAAGGCCUAGACGUUGUUCUCAAGCAUUUUUGAAUGAAGAAAGAGAAGCGUUGGAAGAAAAACGACAAAAAAUACGUCAAAUCUAUGAAGGGACUUGUUCUUCAAUAGAUGAUGAUUCAAUUGAUUUACCUUCAUAUUUGCCUCGUCCACCAGUUUUGGGACAAAGAAUUUAUGCUCGUGUUCAUAAUCCAAAAGAUGGAAUUUAUGCUGGUUCGAUUGAUGCUGUCUCUGCUGGGGAAGGAUCUUACCGAGUUAUUUUUGAAGAUUCAGCAAUUCCUCCGAGUGUUAUUAAAGAUUAUGAAUUAAUGUUUGACCAACCAGCAGAUCUUUUAUCAAUACAAUACUUUUUGGAACAAAAUCAUGCCAACAGAAGUCGUUCAAGUGGAAUAAUAAAUCCAUUAUCUACAACAAAAUCCCCGCAAAAACAGCAACAACAACAAUCUUCUUCCUCUUCUCAACAACAGUCAAUUUCUUUAGAAAAACAGCAACCAAUAAAUUAUAAUCAAAAUAAUUUAACUAAAAAUGUAGCAGAAUAUCAACAACAUUCAAAACCUACAAUUACUGAAAAUCAACAAAUUUUGCAUUCUUUGGCUAAAAAUGAAAGUGAAACUAGAGAUAAACCGGCAGUUAAAGCUGUUAUAGGUUUUUAUUUUUUGGGGGGAUUUACUGGGCUGGGUAGUUAUUAG